AUGGGGUGUAAACUGUCGAUAUUUGCGUCAUCAAACACUCAGUCAAAUACUGCAUAUCCACAACGAUUAAAAGUUUCCGAUGAUAAAUUGAAUCAAUCACAGACAACACGUUUCGUCGAAAAUUGUUUAAUUGUUUUGCUAGCUGACCAGACAUCAAUUGAAGAAGAAAAUCUUCUCAAACAAUUACGUCAUGUUAUAUCUGCCUUACGAAUAUUUACCGAUUCGGAUGCAUGCUUUACUUUUAUUAAUUAUAUUCAUGUUGAGAAAAUCUUUCUAGUAAUCUCUCCUGAAUAUAAAAAAUUUAUUGAUCGUAUUCAUCAUUUAUUACAAAUUUUGAAAGUCUAUGUCUUCGAUCCAAAGAUUCAGAUGCUAAAUAACAUACAUGAUCCUAUCGUACAACCGAAUAUCUUUCGAAACUCGACUGAUUUAUGCAAUCAACUACGUGAAGACAGAGAACUUUUUGAACUUGAUUAUGUCGCUAUCAAGACAGUUCCUCCAUUAUGCUCGGAUGAAGUUGCACUGAAAUGUAAAGCAUCAUUUCUACUUGUACAAUAUAUGAGAGGUGUUGUAAUUCGCUACAAAUUUGAAAAUGAUGCAAAGGAUAGAUUUGUCGAGUUUUGUCGAAUACACUAUGCGGACAAUGACGAACAACUGUGUGAAAUCGAUAAGUUCGAUAGAACCUAUCGACCACAAAACGCUCUAUAUUGGUUAACUCGAAACACAUUCGUGUCACGUAUAUUUAACCGUAUACAACAUACAUUAGAAAUUGAUCUUCAAUACAAAAUAAGCUUUAUAACAAAGCAUAUUCAUGUACAACUCGCUCACUAUUCUGAUCAGAACGAUUCUUCAUCAAAAGAAACAUCUUGGAGUUUCUAUCGCGGAAAGACAAUGUUACAGCAUGAAUUUGAUGCUUUCCUGAGAAAUAGUUCCGAUGGUUUGCUCUCAUUUUCAUGGUUUAUUAUGGCUAAGAGGAACAAGAAUGUAGCUAUUGACUUGUUACAUCGUUUAAUUACUGUUAAUCCCCAACGAAUAGCCAUACUCUUCGAAAUCUAUAUCGAUACAACGAAACAUGUGAUCAGCCCAUUUGCUUUACUUGAAAAUAACGAUCAUGAAGAUCAUUCAAAGAAAGACGAUAUAUGCUUUACAAUUGGUACGGUGUUUAGGAUCCAAUCUACAGAGCAAGUCAAUGAGUUUUCUAUUGAAAUGUGGCAAGUUAAAUUGAUUCUUGUGGAUGAUAGUGAUUCGCAACUUUUUCAUCUUGUUGAGCCAUUGCGCAAUAAUGACAUUCAAACAAAUCCACUGGCCUAUGCUGGUAGACUGCUAGUCGAGAUGGGUGAUUUUGAUCGUGCUGAACAAUUUUAUCUUCAAAUACUUCUCGAUCCAUCAGUUCUCAAUCAACCACGUCGAAGCUGUCGCAUACAAACUGCUCUCGGCUCUGUUUUUACACUGAAAAACGAAUUCAAUAAAGCGCUUGAGCAUUAUCAACAGGCUCUAAAAGCUAGCUUAAGCUGUUUGCCUCCGAAUCAUCCUGAUCUGAUGCCAAUCCAUAGUGCCAUUGGCGAUUGUUAUUAUAAGACUGGCAAUUAUUUAUUAGCCUUGCAAAGCUAUGAACGAGCUGCUCAACUUAUACAACCUAAUAUGCAAUCGAUUGAUCAGCAAACUCUCGAUGAUUUAAAUAAUCAUAUUGUUAAUACACGAAAACAUCUCAACAGUAGUGCCUGGCGCGAUACUGUACAAUUUUCUGUGUAA